GCCGUGAGCUGGACGGGAGCCCGGCAAAUCAUGGGGCUUGCGGUGGAGCCCCAGCUGCCCCUCGGCCCCUCCACGCUGCCCCUCCACCCCUCCUUCGCGGACCAGGAUUCUCCGUCUCUGCGAUGGAGGCGCCAUGGCGUGCGGCAGGCGUGCUCAAAAGCCGACGCAGACGCCGACGGCCGCGGGCAGCAGCCUCCAGUUCUCAAAGCAACCUCGACUGCUCUCCCCACGGUGUGUUCCCUAGUUGUCUACGUACUGCGCGUCUCCCAACAGCUCCACCCGCGAACCAACAGCAACGGCAAGCAUGGCGCCCCUCGAAGUGCUCAUGGUGGGAACGGGCGAGUACACCACCGGCUUCGUCGGUGGCGGUGCGUCGACUUCGGACAAGAAGGUGGGCGUGGUUGGACUGACGCUGUUUGACCUGCGCCGGCGCGGCAAGGUGGGAAACCUGAGCAUGGUGGGCGUGUCGGGAGACAAGUUCCCGGCCAUUCGCCAGCAUCUCGACAAGAACAUCUCGCAGGCGUACAACGGACUGGAUGUGUCGUUCCAAGAGUUCCCCAAGGAAGGAAAGCGCGACCCCGACGCCUACAAGGAAGCCAUCGACGCGCUGCCCAAGGGCAGUGCCAUCACCAUCUUCACCCCUGACACCACCCACUACCCAAUAGCUCUGUAUGCCAUCGAGCGAGGCCACCACGUGCUGGUUACCAAGCCCGCUGUGAAGCUGCUCGAGCACCAUCAGAAACUGUACGAGGCAGCGAAGAAGCACAAUGUCUUCGUAUACGUGGAGCACCACAAGCGAUUCGACCCCGCAUACGCCGAUGCACGCUUCCGGGCCACAAAGCUGGGCGACUUCAACUACUUUUACUCGUACAUGUCGCAGCCAAAGAGCCAGUUGGAGACCUUCAAGGCGUGGGCUGGCAAGGACAGUGACAUCUCAUACUACCUCAACUCCCACCACAUCGACAUCAACGAGUCCAUGGUCCCGGGCUUCAAGCCUGUGAGGGUCAUGGGCAGUGCCGCAAAGGGUAUCGCCACCGAUCUCGGCUGUGACCCAGCCACCGAGGACACCAUUACACUGCUCGUCGACUGGGUCAAGAAGGAUGACCCUAGCAAGCGCGCCACUGGCGUCUACACCGCUGGCUGGGCCGCGCCGCAGAAGGCUGGUGUUCACUCAAACCAGUACUUCCACUACAUGGCCAGCAAAGGAGAAAUCCGCGUGAACCAGGCGAAGCGUGGCUACGACGUAACCGACGACGAUACUGGCCUUCUGUGGUACAACCCCUUCUACAUGAAGUAUGCCCCGGACGAGGAAGGCAACUUCGCUGGUCAGAUCGGAUACGGCUACAUUUCAUUUGAAAAGUUUGUGGAUGCAGUCAACCAGCUGAACGAGGGCAAGGUCACGCUUGACCAACUAGACAGCCGCCCGCUUCCAACCUUGAAAAAUACCAUUGCCACAACCGCCAUUCUGGAGGCCGGCCGAAGAUCGCUGGACGAGAACAGGCCGAUCGAGAUUGUAGAAGAGAACGGCACUUGGUCGCUGAAGUAAAGGAAUUCGUUGCAAGCAAUAAUACGCUGCGCGGACUCAAUUUCAGUACUAUACCAAAUUUCAGUCAUCGAAAGAAACUUCAUU